CAUUUUUGUCUUUUUAUACCACAAAUGACAAAACUGAACUGAAGAUAGAAUAGUGUUUUUCUCUCUUUCCUCUGGUCGAAAGCUUGAGAAGAUUUAGACGAAGCCAUGCUGACGCUCUCAACACCUCUUCUACCCAGAUCAUCUUUUCCAUACAAAACCCUUUGGGUUUCUCCCACACUUGGAGUAUUUGUUGCUCAGAAGAAGCUUUUCCCGUCUUGCUGCUCAAGUUGCAACUUGAAAGAUGAUAGAGAACAGAAUGGAUAUAAACUGCAUUAUAAGGAGAAUUUGAGGCGGAGACUUCUAUUUGUUUUGGUCUCAUCAAGCUUGAUUCCUACUUUGCCUUCUCCUGCAAAGACAAAAAGCAAGAACCCAUAUGAUGAAAAACGCUUACUAGAACAAAACAGGCGGAGACAGAGAGAAAAUAAUGUGCCUGAUGACUUCCCAAACUUUGUUAGAGAAGGUUUUGAGGUCAAAGUAGUGACAUCAGAAAACUACGUAAAGCGUGACUCUGGGCUUAUAUACUGGGAUAUUGAAGUUGGUAAAGGUGAUUGCCCAAAGGAUGGUCAACAGGUUACCUUUCACUAUGUUGGUUAUAAUGAGUCAGGUCGUCGUAUUGAUAGCACCUACUUACAAGGCACUCCUGCAAAAAUUAGAUUGGGCAAUAAUGCAUUGGUUCCAGGAUUUGAACAAGGAAUUCAAGACAUGAAACCUGGGGGAAAAAGAAGAAUAAUUAUUCCUCCAGAACUUGGUCCGCCGGUGGGACCUUCUACCUUCUUCAGCGCAAAACAGUUUGAAGUGUUUGACGUGGAGCUGCUCGACAUUCAGAACUGUCAAAGGAGGACAAUAGGUUUUUACUCUGAUGUUAUAUGCAAUUGAGUUACGAGACUUUCUUCAAUGAAGCCAUCAAUAUCUGCUAGUGUUAAAAUGUACUGCGGCUAGAAACUAUUUUUUCUGUACACAAUUUAGCAAGUUUGAAUCUUGUGCAAAGAAAUGGGUUUUGAGAAUGUAACUGGUGGAAAUGAACUCCUGUGACAGAGCUCGAGAAAGAGAACAAGAACAACUCUUGUAAUCUCCCUUACAGUUAAGAUGAGGUUGCUUGGUACUUUAAUACUACUUUGUUACUUGGGCUACUUUGUGUUGCAAAUAGAAGAAGAAGGUUGGAGUCAAUAAAAGGACAAGGCUUCCGACAUGAGCAAAUGGUGGAUGUGUUAUGACUUGUAUGUUUGUUAUCAAUCCAAUUCUGCAAUUGAUUGAGCAUAUGUAUAAUCUUAUUUUGAAACCUUUUACAUCUGGGAUGACAACUUAUCAAUGUAUUUCAUUCAA